AUGGACCACAGCCAACACAUGCAUUCCAUGGAAGGCCACGGCGGCCACGGCGGCGGCAUGGACGACAUGUGCAGCAUGAGCAUGCUCUUCACAUGGGACACCACCAAUCUCUGCAUCGUGUUCCGCCAGUGGCACAUCCGCUCCAACACCUCGCUCAUCUUGUCUCUCAUCGCAGUCGUUCUCAUCGGCAUGGGAUACGAGGCUCUGCGUUCCGUGUCCCGCAACUACGAGGCAUCUCUCGCGAAGCGGUUGGAAACCGUUCCAAACUCGACUGCGCAUGGUUAUCGCGACAAUAAUGAUGAUGACGUGGAAGACAAUGUUGCUGAGACACUCGGUUUCAACCGCUCAGGGCAAAACCGCGAGGAUUUCAGCAAGCGAGGCCACCUCAUCAAAGCCUUACUCUACGCCUUUCAGAACUUUUAUGCCUUUAUGCUCAUGCUUGUCUUUAUGACUUAUAACGGCUGGGUUAUGGUUGCCGUCUCGGCGGGUGCCUUUUUCGGCUACCUCUUGUUCGGUCAUUCCACGUCGGCAACAAAGGACAAUGCUUGUCAUUAA